AAUUUUAAAGCUUUGGCAACACUAGAAAAUCUACAAACAAGUUUAUGGAAAAAUGGGCAAUGGCUGCGUCUGUGAAUAGAUCCGAAAGUAAUCACAGAGAAAAAGUGCAGAAAGUAUUUAUACAACGGGAUUAUUCUGAAGGAACUAACGUUAAGUUUCAAACCAAAUUUCCCCCUGAACUGGAAGAUUUAAUAGAUAGACAUUUAUUUGAACAGACCAUCAAUACACUCAAUAGAAUAUACGCAGAAGCUGAGAAAACAAGCACCACAACAUUUUGCGAAGGUUGCCUUGCUUGCCUAACUUCAUACGUUAUUUAUUUGUGUAUGGAAACUCAUUAUCAAAAAUGUUUAAAAAGAAUAUCGGCUUACCUUGAAGAUCAAAAUGAAACUGUAUAUUUGCCUCGAGGUCUUCUCAUCACUGAUCCCAUAGAGAGAGGACUACGAGUUAUAGAGAUAGCUAUUUUUGUUGAUCCUUCUAAUCGAGCGUGAUAAAACAAUGCAAAGUUGGAAGUGCUAAUUAUAUUGAAACAAUUUUUUGAUUUUUUUUCUGUGCUUGUGUGUAAAUACUUCUUAAAAUGAAUAUGCUUUGUGAAUGUACAUUGUACUGACUAGUGAUUUUAAUGUCUACAAAACCUGAUAUAUUAAUUUCAGUCUGAAAAGGAUUUCUUGGUUUACUAAUUUAUUAACUCCUAUGGCAGUUUUAGUUACAAGUUUAUGUCCUCUCUUAUCUUCAUCUGUACUUAACCUUUGUCAUGCUGCAAAAAUUCGAACUGUCGUAGAUUUUAUUACAAGUGAUCCUGAGGAGUUGGUUCAGAAGAUUCAGCUGUCUUACAAAGAUAUUCUGAGCAUAAGACGUUCUCUAAUCGAUAAAUUUUCAAUAUUCCCCCAAAAUGCAGAAAGUUUACAUUUGGAACUGCUAGAAAUGCUUUCUAUACUGGACACUGGUUCUAAAAAAUUAAAUAACUUCUUAAAUGGAGGGAUUUAUUCUGGUGAAGUGACAGAAAUUCAUGGCUCUGCUGGUUCUGGAAAAACACAA